AAGAACAGGUGGAUGAGAAAUGUGGAUUGUUUACCCUUUCAAUCUGUCUUUGAAUACAAGGAUUUUCGGUUACAAUAAGUUGAUGUCGAGAACAAGCAUCACGCUGGAGGACGAGGAGAAGCAGAGAUGCCCUGCUGCUGCCAAUCCACAGAGUUCACCUGCAAUCACACCCCGCACUCCUUACCUGAGAGAUUGAAUUUGGAACCAUCCGUCGUCGCUAUGGAGACAAGCCCCUCCCCUUCUAGUAAUGGAACAAGCCUCCUGUCGUUGCCAUGGGAGAUAGUUACCCAGAUCGCCUCACAUCUCCCAGCACAGUGUGGCAUUAAUGUGCUGCCGCAGGUAUGUCAGACAUUGGGAAAGCUUGGCGAGGAUCGCUUGGCGUGGCAGCUUCGGGCUCAAAAACUCUCGGGUCCCGCAGCAUCUUUCCCAGUCGGGCCAAAGGAGGAUUUUGAUUGGUCCAAGGCAUGCGUGGAAAUGGAGCAGCUGAUUGGCUGCUGGACAGGGCAUGAGAAUCAGGCAGAGAGACAGGAAGAGGCAGCUGGUGGGGUGAACGGUGAAGCGCCGGCAGCUGAGGGGAACUUGGUAGAGAUGCAGCUGGAUGUCGAUUUAAGUGGUGCAGCGGAAGCAGGAGAAGAGAGCGUGCAAGUUCAAUCCCAGAAUGCCUCUGACAGUUCCCAGGUGAUUGAGUCAUCCAGCACUUCUUCGCCCUUGGAGCACGUCAUCCUUCCUUCUGGCCACAUUGCAGAUUUAAGUGUUGAAGGAGGAACGCUGGCCAUCGCUUCCGGUGACAUGAAUGUGGAAGUUUGGAGGCCCAGAUGCUGA